AAGCGAGGAAACUGGGAAACGUCAAAUAAACCGGAUUUUUACUGUUCUGAUACCGGGCAGGAGGCGCACCUUUGGCACGGUUGCCACAGGGAAGCGAAGAAGAUGGCUGCGGCUGCGUCUCUGUGUCCCUCUCUUGGUUCCUCCCUUCGCCUCCUCCUUAAUCAAGAUAACAGGGUGGUGCGUCUCCAUGGCUUCCAACGACGCAGACAGAAGCGGAAGGCCGGUGCCGCUGCGGCUGCUCUUGUGGAAGCUAGCCCUGCACCAAUCUUGCCGAGAGGCGGAGUGGCUUCUUCGUCGGAAUCCGGAAGCGGAGAUGGGGUUAGCGUUAUGGGAAGAGGGAAAGGCGACCGUUUUGCUGUCGCGAAGGGCAAGAACAAGGGUCCAAUGCAGGAAGAUCUUCAGGCGGAAGCCAGGGCAAUGGCCCGCGCCGCAAACGCCACAGUUUACAGUCCCGACCUGUUAGCUCAGAAUUAUGGAGCCCGUCCGCUCAAGGUUGUGCAGAGAACCGUACAGAUCUUCGUGGCAGUGGGUUCUUUCGCUCUCAAGCUUGUAGUGGACCAGAGGAGCGGCCGGCUGGAGGAAAACAAGCGGUUUAGGGCGGCAGAGCUGAGGGGAAUCCUCACCCGGUUGGGCCCAACAUUUGUCAAAGUGGGUCAGGGUCUAUCGACCAGACCCGAUCUUUGCCCGCCCGAGUAUAUCGAGGAGCUCUCGCAGCUUCAGGACGCUUUGCCAACUUUUCCUGAUGCUGAUGCAUUUUCCUGUAUCGAGAGAGAGUUGGGUCUCCCUCUCGAGUCCAUCUUCUCACUCAUCUCUCCGUCUCCAAUUGCUGCCGCGAGUUUGGGUCAAGUUUACAAAGCUCAACUUAGAUAUUCCGGACAAACUGUUGCUGUCAAGGUGCAAAGACCCAAUAUCGAGGAAGCAGUAGGACUUGACUUCUACCUGCUGAGAAACCUGGGCUUUCUUAUAAACAAAUACGUGGACAUUAUCACCAGUGAUGUUGUUGCACUUAUUGAUGAGUUUGCAAGAAGAGUUUAUCAGGAGCUUAACUAUGUGCAGGAAGGACAAAAUGCACGUAGAUUCAAAAAGUUAUAUGCAGAUAAGGAGGACAUACUUGUGCCAGAUGUUUUCUGGGACUACACCAGUGCAAAAGUGCUGACAAUGGAUUGGGUGGACGGAGUCAAAUUAAACGAGCAAGAAGAAAUUGAACGGCAAGGGAUGAAGCUUUUGAAUUUGGUGAAUACUGGCAUACAAUGCAGUCUCAGGCAGUUACUUGAAUUUGGAUAUUUUCAUGCAGAUCCUCAUCCUGGUAAUCUUUUGGCAACACCUGAAGGGAAACUUGCUUUCCUUGAUUUUGGGAUGAUGAGCGAGACCCCAGAAGAAGCAAGAUUUGCUAUUAUUGGCCAUGUUGUCCAUAUGGUUAAUCGGGAUUAUGAAGCUAUGGCCCGUGACUAUUACGCUUUAGACUUCUUGUCUCCUGAAGUAGAUGUUUCCCCAAUAGUGCCUGCACUGAAGAACUUCUUUGAUGAUGCUCUCAAUUCAACUGUUAGUGAGCUGAAUUUUAAGACAAUCGUGGAUGGCUUGGGAGCUGUUCUUUACCAAUAUCCAUUUGAUGUUCCAGCAUAUUAUGCAUUGAUAUUGAGGUCGCUUACAGUCCUAGAAGGAUUAGCUCUUUAUGCUGAUCCAAAUUUUAAAGUCCUUGCUGCUUCAUAUCCUUAUUUUGCUAAGAGGCUUCUUACUGAUCCAAGUCCGUACCUGAGAGAUGCAUUAAUUGAGUUGCUGUUCAAGGAUGGUAAAUUCAGGUGGAACAGGCUUGAGAACCUACUUGUACAGGGGCGUAAGGACAAAGAUUUUACUGCAAAAGAUGCCUUGCAACCGGUAUUGAAGCUGUUGUUAGGUCCUAAUGGUCAAGAUCUUAGAACUUUAGUGACUAAAGAGGCAACUCGUGUUGCUGAAGCUAUAGCAAUCGGGACAGCAUACGACACAUACAACUCCAUUCCUCAAGUUAUGAGGACUCUAAUUGCUAAUGGUAGUACAGUUAGCCCCCUUCAGAUGAGUGAAAAUGAAUUGGAAAUGAUGCUGGAACUUCGAGACCAAGUCUUCAGGAUAUGGAGCCUUCUGAGGUCUUCAAAUGAUUUUGAUCCUUCUCUUUUGCAGCCACUUUUACAGAUUCUUCAAGAACCUGAAGCUCGUGUACUUGGUGGUGUUAUAGUUCAAGGUGUAACCCAGCGUCUGGCUGCACGAUUACUGCAACAACUUCUUCGUCCUCCAACUCUUCCUGCAAAUCCAUCAUGAGAGAUGUGGGAUACUUUCAGCCCUUGAUGUCAUAUUUUUGUACAAUAUGUAUAGGAGAGUUCCCAUUCUUUUUGUUUGCUGAUUAUUUAUUCGAUGAUCUCACAUCGGGUUGGCCGAUACUUGUGUAUUGGCAUGUCUGGUGACUCUAAUCCUGAAUUAAGUUCAAGAUAUAUAAAAUCUGUUCUAAGGAACCUUGAACAGGGUUCCUUCUGAAGAACAUGGAAGCUGUUCCUUUUACCGUUUGGUUGUUUUUUAGUUCAGCCUUACCGGAUAAUGUAACACUUGGGAGUUUACCUUUC